GACUUCGCAACUAACAGCCACAAACUGUUGACACUCCUGUCGACGUUUAAAUGGUUCCCCUAAGAUCUAGUAGAGGACUUGGAGGCAAGUGGCCAUGCGGAAAGGGAAAAUGAAACCAGGGAAAUUCUGCCGAGAUAAAUGAUGAAUGGAAACGUGCUAUUCAAAGUAAUAUAAAGGGAGAAGGGGGACCAGCACAGCUCCAACGAGCUUGAGCUGCACUGCGCGCCACCAGCGGCCACCAGGGCAUGACCGCCAGAGCACCGAAAAUGUCCGUGCACGCAGCGCUGACCUGCCUGGUGCUACUGGCAUCGCAGGCUGCAGCGCUGGACUGCAACUUUCUGCAACUCCAUCAACAAAGAUUCAACCUGCAGAGUCUGGAGUUGCUCAAGGAGAUGAGAACGAAACCCUCUCCAGAGUGCCUGGAGAGUCCGCCAGCGUUCGCUUUUCCUGCGAAGAUCCUGGGAAUACAUGAGCCGUGGCUCGCCACGAAAGUGGUCCACCAAACACUUAGUGGAUUCCUCGACAUCCUGAGCGACGAUCUUCUGCCGACCGGCUGGGCAGCAGCGCCGAGAGAGAGGUUCCUCAAGAUGCUCCACGCUCAAGCCGAAUCUGUUCAGGAGUGCCUCGGAGAAGGAGGCGCAGCACCGAGAAGUAUGGAAAAAUGGAAGCACCUGCUGCGACUGAAGAAGUAUUUUCAGAGGAUCAGGACUUUCCUCCAAACGAAGGGGCACAUGAAGUGCACCUCGGAGAACAUGCGGCUGGAAUUCCAGGCGGCUUUCGUCUACCUUGAUAUACUGACGAAGAGAAUAAAGACUUGGAAGCAUCUGAGCUGAGCAGGGUGGAAAAGCAGCAAGACGUACGAGCCUCUUCAAACAGGGGCAUUCCUGUGGCCAACCUGCAAUGCAGGACGUCCGACAGUGAUGUGUUUCGCGUGCGAGUGUGUUUGUUUACAAUAUUUUUGUGUGUGUUUAUUUAUUUACAAUAGUUUUGUGCGUAUUUAUUUAUUUAUUUACAAUAUUUUUGCCCCAUCCUUAACAAAUGUCUCAGGAUGGCAUGCAACCAAAUUAACAUAAUGAAUUUGUGCCUGGCGCCGUCGUUAUUUGUUUUUCAGCGCCAGGUGAAGACCUUUUUAUUUAAACGUCAUUUUAAUUGUUAACAAUAUUUACUUAUUUAUCUGGCCAGGGCGACUUC